UUCAUACAUAAAACCACAAUCACUCCCUUCCACUCCCACUUUCACUUCACUCCUCUUCUCUUCUCUUUCUUUCUCUCUCCUCUAUCACCAAAAUGGAGCACCACCGGAAACCACUCUCUCUCCUCCCCAUCCUCCUCCUCCUCCUCCUCAACAUCCUCCCUCUCACCACCGCAAACUUCCGUGUUGUCGCCAACUACGAAGUCGCUUGCACAAUGUGCAACACAUGUCAACCGUGCAACCCUUACCCUUCCUCAACCCCACCACCUCCAUCUCCUCCUCCGCCGUCUCCACCACCUCCGGCCACCACCACUGCUGGUUGUCCUCCUCCACCAUCACAACCAUCCAGCGGCGGCGGUGGUACUAGUGGGAGUUACUACUACUCAUCUCCUCCUCCGCCUUCUCAGCCUUCUUAUGUCUACCCACCACCUAGUGGCGGCGGUGGAAGCAGCGGAGGAGGAGGUUACUACUACGCGCCGCCGUAUCAUUACGGUCCAGCGCCACCCCCUCCUAAUCCGAUCGUUCCUUAUUUCCCAUAUUACUACCAUUCCCCUCCUCCGAGAAAUACCGGUUCUACCCUUUUUAGAAAUUCCAUUUUUUGUUCAUUUUUAUUGCCUCUAUUUUUCUCCUUCUUUUUCCUAUAAAUAAAUAAAUCAAAUUAUAGCAUCAUUAAUAAAAAUUCCAAAAAAAAGAAGUAAAAUAACAACUGCAAAGUUGUACAGAUCUGAUGCAAAAAGGGAAGAGUUUUGAGCUUUGAGCUAAGUUAGGUGCUGCGAAAUGACGACAAUGCCCUUGCAUUAUUGACUAAGCUCGGGAUCCAAGGUGGUGAAAGUAACUUUGAGGAGGGCACUGAAAGAAAAGUAAAAAGGGUAGUAUUUUCUUUCUUUUUCUUUAAUUUUCUUUAAUUUCACUUUCUUGUUCCUGUAAUUUUAUGUACGAUUAUUUAGAAUUAUCAUUAUUUACUCCUACAUAUUGCAUAAUAAAUUAAUAAUAAUAUAGUCAUAAUUAACUUUUGUUA